UUUUCAGGUUCUGAUGGGUAAAUAUUGAUACUGAAUUUUCAAGGACCCGGGAAGCCAGAUUUCCUCUCUACCUUUAGUCAUAUCAUCAGUGUUUGGAACUCUUGACAUGUGAAGGACAUGUUACUAUUUCUGUGGCGGAAUCUUUGGCAGGGGGGUUCCUCUAGAGUCUUGUCAAAAGUAAAGCCAACUAGUUGAAGCCAAAUGUUUUGACUUGUGGAGGGUGACUUGAAGACUCCGUAACACAGCAAGUGUUUGUAACUGUUCUCUUGUAGUGGAUUGUCUCACAGGUCUUCGUAUGCAGUGCUUUUAACCUUGUUAAAUUUCUGAAACUUGAGAUGAAUAUUACUUGGUAAGCUCGGGGGAUACAAUGUCUUGCUUUCUGAGCCAAAAGGGUAUCUGAUUCUCCACAGAUUUGAUGCUAUUUUGGGGACGUACUUGCAGAAUCCUUCCUGUUGGUGACCGAAAGGCACGGUUUUGACAAUGUUUACUUGCCAUUCUGUAGCACUGAAGGUUUGUGUUCUGGUUAAAAGGGUCUUGUCAGUGGUUGUUCUGUGAUUGCUUUGAGACGUGUUGCAUGUUGGUUAUAUAUACAAUACUAGUGGGGCUUGACAAGGUGAGAGAAAGCCAGUGAUUUUGAACAUGUUCUUGUGUUUCUCCCUCUUGUUGUUCAGAAUAUAGGAACAUGCGGGUUUGAUGGUUAUUGAGUGAUAUCUGUUGAGCAAGGCAGUUUUUGUGGGAUUGUUCGUACUGAUGAGUCGAGAACAACAGAAACGAGGGAAGCAAGAAAAGGGUUCCGAUGGUGCUGAAAAGGUUAUUGUUGCUGUUAAGGCAACAAAGGAAAUUCCAAAGACUGCUCUUGUUUGGUCCCUAACUCAUGUUGUGCAACCUGGUGAUUGCAUUACCCUACUAGUGGUUGUACCUUCACAAAGUUCAGGCCGAAGAUUAUGGGGUUUUCCAAGGUUUGCUGGUGACUGUGCCAAUGGUCACAAGAAAUCUAAUUCAGGAUCAAGUUCAGAACAGAAGAGUGAUAUUACUGAUUCUUGCUCUCAAAUGAUCCUCCAGCUCCAUGAUGUCUAUGAUCCUAACAAGAUAAAUGUGAAGAUUAAAAUUGUUUCUGGAUCACCCUGCGGAGCAGUGGCUGCAGAAGCCAAGAAAGUCCAAGCCAAUUGGGUCGUAUUAGACAAGCAGCUAAAACAUGAGGAAAAACAAUGCAUCGAAGAGCUGCAGUGCAACAUUGUGGUUAUGAAGCGUUCCCAACCCAAGGUACUCCGCUUGAAUUUGGUUGGAUCAAAAAAGAAAGAUCUUGAAGAAUUAUGUCCAUUACCUUCUGAGCAAGAUGAGGUGCCUGGAAAACAAACCAAGAAGAAUGAUUCAUUGAAUUCCAUUAAAGGACCAGUUGUCACUCCAACUAGCAGCCCUGAGCUUGGGACACCGUUUACUGCAACUGAAGCUGGUACUUCAUCAGUUUCCAGCUCUGAUCAAGGAACUUCACCAUUUUUGAUCUCUGAGAUGAAUGGUGAAUCAAAGAAAGAAGAAACUAUCAAAGAAAAUCCAGAAUUUGAUGAUUCUAUAUCAGACACCGACAGUGAAAGUUUGUCCACAUCUUCAGCUAGCUUGAGAUUCCAGCCAUGGAUCACAGAUUUACUUUUGCAUCAACGAUCAUCACAACCUAAGGAAGCAAGAACAGAGAUGUCUCAUAAUAGGCUUCAAUCAUCUACCACUAGAGCUUUGCUAGAAAAGUUCUCAAGACUUGAUACAGAAGCUGAAAUUGAAAUCUCAAACUAUAAGACUGAUGUGGAUUUCAUUUGAAAUGUAAGAGAAGCAAUAGCAUUAUCUAGAAACACCCCACCUUGUCCACCUCCGUUAUGUUCAAUAUGUCAACACAAGGCUCCUGUUUUUGGUAAACCUCCUAGAUGGUUCAGCUAUGCUGAUUUGGAGCUUGCCACUGGUGGAUUUUCACAAGCCAAUUUCUUGGCAGAAGGAGGAUUUGGAUCUGUUCACAGAGGGGUUCUACCGGAUGGACAAGUCAUUGCUGUUAAGCAACAUAAAUUGGCCAGUUCUCAGGGUGAUCUUGAAUUCUGCUCAGAGGUAGAAGUCCUGAGCUGUGCUCAGCACCGAAAUGUUGUUAUGUUGAUUGGGUUUUGUAUUGAGGAUAAGAGAAGGCUAUUGGUUUAUGAGUACAUAUGUAAUGGAUCAUUGGAUUCUCAUUUAUAUGGGAGGCAGCGAGAACCAUUAGAAUGGUCUUCCCGGCAAAAAAUUGCUGUUGGUGCUGCUCGAGGGUUGCGAUACCUUCAUGAAGAGUGCAGAGUGGGUUGCAUUAUCCACCGUGACAUGCGGCCAAACAACAUUCUUAUUACUCAUGAUUUUGAACCACUGGUUGGUGAUUUUGGUCUGGCAAGGUGGCAGCCUGAUGGUGACACAGGAGUGGAAACGAGAGUAAUUGGAACAUUUGGGUACUUGGCUCCUGAAUAUGCUCAAAGCGGCCAAAUUACUGAAAAGGCUGAUGUUUAUUCCUUUGGUGUGGUAUUAGUGGAACUAGUUACGGGACGAAAAGCCGUCGAUCUCAAUCGGCCCAAGGGACAACAGUGUCUUACUGAGUGGGCACGACCACUAUUAGAAGAAUAUGCCAUUGAGGAACUGAUUGAUCCAAGGUUGGGAAGUCACUAUUCGGAACAUGAGGUCUAUUGCAUGCUACAUGCUGCCUCCUUAUGCAUAAGGCGAGAUCCUUAUUCUAGACCACGCAUGUCACAGGUUCUGCGAAUACUGGAGGGUGAUACAGUCAUGGAUCUAAAUUGCAUUUCAACUCCCAGUUAUGAUGUGGGAAACCGGAGUGGUUAAUUUUGUUUUUUUGGCCAGAAACGCAAGCCAUUACAGGGUGGUCCCUUGUUGUAAGAGUCACUGGAAGCGUUCAGUGAGAAGCUCUGAGUACAAGAAACCUUGCCUGUUGGGAAAGGAACAAGUCUAAGUGGACAACAUGUGAAGAUAGAACUUUUUUCACAAUGAAGGUUGUAGUCUUAUGCUAAAUAUGUUUUUUGCCUUACUAUUUUGUAAUUUGUAGUUUUCUUUCUAUUUCUCCGCAAUUUAAUCUAAUUUUGCAUGUGUAUAGUAGGGUAAGUAAUAUAUAUAAUAUAUAGAAGCUUUUCUGCCUUUGAAAUUCUUUUGCGGAAAUUAUGCAACCAAUCCUGUGUCUAUAUGACCUUGAUGAUGAUGAAACGAACUAUUAUUGUCAAAUGCAACAAAAAGUUUUCUGUAUGGUGUCUCUACAAUGCAUGUGUUUUCAUGCAUUCUUUAAAGAAGCAAACAAACUUGGGCCGAGGAUUGUCAUUUUAAGUAGCAAGAGACAAUGAUAGAUGAAGUGUAAAAAGGUGAGGUGUCAUUUUUUGAAGCAUGUAAAACAGAAACCUUGGUUGGCUGAUGAUGACAAGCCUGAGCCUGAGAUGGGGUGAACGUGAUCAAGCGGCAUGUCAAAUGGUUAUGUUUUGGAUACACGUUAUCCUCGGGCAACCCGUCUUGUAUGGGUCCAUGGAUCUUAGUUUUAUGUAUGUUGUACUAAAUCAAUAUUGCUACAACUCUUGCAGAAUCCAUAGGUAUCUGUUCCUCUAGUACGUUCAAACCGUAUGGUACCACAUCAUUAUUGCUUUGUCUUUUUUAUUUUUGGUAUCAAUGAGGUUUAAAUUCUUGUUUAGUUUU